UUGUGUCUGGACUACCAUUAUUAAUGUUAAUUAUGGUAGUCCUGGCACAAGAUUAUUCUUGUGCCAGGAGACUCUUUAAGAUGAAUAUGUUAUGUUAGUCCUUGUUGCAAGCUCGUGAGCUUGUAUUAAAACACAAAUGUGUCCUACAAAAAUGGAAAUUUUUGCCUCUCUGGACCACCGACACGGGAGUAGUCGUGUGUUCGAAUCUCAUCUUGGUAACUAUCUUUACUUUUUUUUUCUUCUUACUAUUUUGCCUGCGAGGAUGUAGCCGGAGACCCAGCGUAAUUUUUCUUACCACCGGGAAAUCGGUGCAGUUAAGGUGGGAAAAAUUACGCUGGGUCUCAAACGCUUUUUUUAUUGGCUAAUUCUAUUGUUCUUCUCUCUUAUAUUAAUUUCCGUAAUGUUUGAUAAAAUUCACGAAUUUUUAUAGUGAAAGAGUCGGGCGCAAAAACUAAUAUGGCUUUAAGAGCGAGGAAACAAUUACUGUUUUUAUAUCCCAUUGUAUUUUUUUCUCCUGUUUUUAUUCACUCACUUCAGCUAUCUAUAUUAUUAUACCCAGCGUAAUUUUUCGAUAUAUUAUCUAUAUAUAAUAUAUUAUCUACCUAUAUUAUUAAAUAUCUUUCAUUACAAUAAGAUGACCUGUUUCUUGAACUCGACCAUAACAAAUAUCCACAAAUCUACAGAGAAGAUGUUCUAUUGAAACAUCGCAGUGUAGUAGAAAUAACCAUUACUCACUAAAAAGAAUUAAAUCAAUGUUAUCCAAUUAUUUUGUCAUCACUCAUUCUUACAUCGAAUCCUACGAUAAAUGUCUUGUUUUUAGUUUACCAACAGUUUACCAACAGGUGCAGCAGGGAAGAGAUAACUCAUAGAGAUCUGGAACCAACAAGUAGAUUUAAUAAAGGCAAUUUCUAUCAAAGCAGUUAUGACGAUGCCGAUGCUUCUACUACAAAAACCAUCAUACAAGUCCAAUGCGAAGGAUCACUCUGAAUGUCUUAACCGUAGAUUAAAUCUCUGGGUGGAAGGAAGAUUCAAUGAUUUGAUGAGAGAAUCGAGGACUAUACAAUCUAAAAUCCCAAAACCAAUUUCCUUGAAUACUCCAGAGCAGUGCGCUAAAAAUUUCGCAAAACUAAUGCUUCAAGGAAAAAUGCAUGCUGCACUAAGAUUAUUGGAUGAUAAGAUGUCUGGUGGAGUACUGGAUCUAACUGAUGAGACACUCCAAGAACUGAGGUUGAAACAUCCAAAUCCUGUUGACGCUGAUGAAUCUGUGCUUCUUAAAGGGGAAAUCCUAUUUAUCGAUCUUACUACUUACAACAACAUUGAUGAAACAACAAUACUGAAAUCCGCAAGGUUCAGCAGGACCGUCAGGAAUCAAUUGAGAUGGCUGGAGACGUAUAUUAGUGUCAAAGAAUUUUGGAAAGAUCGGUGUGGAAUUGAGAUCAUCUUUGGCUCGGUUCGCGAAAAAUCUUUGUACAACUGCAUUCGAUCACACAAAAGGCAAUACUCCUUUUCAUAAAUUAUUGCGCAAUAUCCAGCCUCAUCUUGAAACUGAGACACUCGUUGUGAAUUUUCCUCACAUUUUUUCCGCUUUGGGGCGGGGGUUUUUAUAAUAACAACUCAUCAUCAGUAUUAUAGAGAUAAUCAUUCUCAAUAAUAAGUUUCGCUAAUUAAUUAUCAAGUUCCCGUACAAAAAGAAUUAUUUAUUUAUAUUAUAUUAUAUUAUUAUUUUUUGCUGCGUUUCAGUGAUAAACAUUAGAAAUAAUCAUUCGUUGGCAAGAAGGUGUCUAAGAAGGUUUAUCUGGUAUUCACAAAACAAACUACAGCUAUUUUUUCAAACUAAAAUCAUCAAAAACUGCUAUUUUAAUAGCAACAAUACAUCACACGAGGCUCACGCUUCGAAGUACUUUAUUAUAUAUGUUUUAUACAACAAAAAUGGACAAGGAAGAUCAACAUGAAAUUGAACUGGAGGUUAAAGAUUUUCAAGAGCUUUUUAAUGAUAUCUUAGUAGAUCCAGCCAGCGUUAUUCUAACCGAGGAUGAUAUAUCUGACCCUCAUGUCAAAAUUGAUAUUGAAAAGCUGCCAAAGUACAAAGUCGAACACCUGAAAAGCUGGCUAAUAUUUCGUGGCGAUACAUUACAUGGGAUUGACACACUCAAGGAUGCACAAGUACGAGUUUUGCACUAUAUUGAAAGUAAAACCAGCAGUAGGAUUGUAGAUCCAACUCCAGAAAAAGUUUGGCUUAGGAUAAAAGCAGAAAAAAUGGGGAUAUUACUGAAACCUUUGUGGAAAGAAGGAACUAUGCCAGCUGUGCCUGUUGAACUGAAGGCAGAUACAGUGGACGCUCGUUAUCUCGAACUCCCAAGGGACCGAAAGAAAAGUUCGAGAUAGCGAGCGUUCGAGAUAGCGGAGGUUCGACAUAACGAGCGUAUUUCAUGAAAAGUUCGAGAUAACGAGUUUUUCGAAAUUUUUUGAAAUUUUCAGAAAAGGGCAAGGGUCAGUAGUUCGGUCAUAAGUAUCUGUGGGCAAGCUUUUAAAAUUAAAAUUCACCUGAAUUAAGGGUACUUGAAGGAACUGUUUGGUCAAGAAAGGGAAAUGGAUAAUAAAGAAAACAGCAUUUUGCGUACAUGUAUACUUAUUGUUGAUUACAAUUACAUACAUUAUUUUUGAUCGAAAAAGCUCAAAAUACUAGUUUGCUUCUUGUUUUUCAUUUCACUUUUAAGAAACAAAUCUUCAAAGCAAAGCAGGAGGCGUUGCAUGUCAUUUCCAUCAUCAGUGAAUAGACAAGCAUUUUGUAAAGUCUCCACUGCAGUGUUUAUUUCUGAUUUUGUUGGCUUGCUCACUGGCUCAUCAAACAGCUCGAUGACAUCGGCAUUUUCAUCAUGCUCCUCGUCAUUCUCAUCUGUACUUGGCCGUACCGAUUCAAGGAUUUCUUCAUCAGUCACGGGAUUUUCGAUUGUGGUCAAAUCUUGGUCAAUAUCGACAACAUCACGGGCCGAGAGAUCAGCAGGAAUAAUGGUAUCGUCAAUGGCACGCAGUUGUGUGAGAUCUUUCUCCAGUUGUUUAAAUGGAUCAUCAAUAUCAUCAGUUGCAUUCUGUUGAGCUUUCUUGGAAAUCUUUGAUUUCUUGAAGCAAUUUACGAUGGUUUCUUUCUUCACUUUGUCCCACGACGAAACAAGUAUUUGAAGAGCACGCAGAAUUGAAACUUUUGAAAGAUCUUUGCCUUUUUCUAGGUUUUGAAUCAUCAUGUUGACCAAUUUUUGGCGAUAAAGAGACUUAAGACAUCUUAUGACACCUUGGUCCAUCGGUUGUGACACGGAAGUUGUAUUUGGAGAAACAUUGCAUUGAUUUCUCGCACCCACUCUUCAAAAAGAGAGCUGUCCAUCCAACUCUUCUUCUGCGCUCUGUACCUGCAGGGUAGGGAUGUUACAUUUUUGAAGCACCUUGGUUUCUUCGAUUUACCAAUCACAAACAUUGGUAGUUUAUCUCCGACAGCAUUGGCAGCUGCAAGCCCGGUAAUUCGGACUUUGCUAUUUUUACCCCCAGAGCAUUUUUCGGAUUUGUAGUGAUACGUUUUAUUUGGCAAGCAUUGGUAGAAGAGACCGAAUUCGUCGGCAUUGUAAAUAUCUUCUAGUUUGUAGUUAGUUAAUAAUGUUGGUAAAGUGGUUUCAAACCAAGAUGCUAUCAUAUCAGGUUGAACAGAAUUGCUUUCACCAACGACCGUCUUGAACGUUACAUUGUGCCUGAAAUAGAAAAUAAAACAAAUACCGACUUGUAUAAAAGAUUUAUUGUUAACCUGUUCGUGCAUUUUUUCGAAUACGAAUGUUCGAAUUUCAAUUCGAAUGUUUUUAAAAAUUCUUGUGUGAACACCCUGUGAACAUUAUCAUUAUUACUUGUGCAUGGCAACAAGGAAAAGCAAACCAGGAGAAAAAGGAGAAGAUGGAUCUUGCAAAAAUGAUAAUUGAUCAAAAUUUAAUCAAUGUUGUAAUGAUAAAAGAAUUUGAAUUGGCUUCACAUGUUAAGGGGUUCCACGUUUAUAAAGCAUUGUGGACUCCAAAAAAUGGGGAGACUUUACAAUGCGAAGGAGAGCCUAAUAAUCCCGUUGACAAAUAUGCUGUGUGUGUCAAGAAAGAAAACAAGAUAGUUGGACAUUUACCACUUGGAAAAUCUGGAAAAUUUGCUAAAACAAUAUUUCAUUUCCUCAGAGCUGAUGAAUUAAGCUCGUGCAAAGUAACUGUGACUGGAAAACCAGUUAAUUUGGGAGAUGGUGAAGGCAUGCAAGUGCCAUGCAAUUUGACAUUUAUUGGAACGGAAAAGUGCAUCGAGAUACUCAAGAAACAUAUUUAGUUUAUGCUAGUCUUUUUAAGAUUUUAAUAUUAAAAUAAAACCAAUUCGAAAAAAAGAGAUUUAAUAUUCUUACCUUUUUUUCCAUUAACCAAGCCAACCGUCUGAAGCUUUGAAAUCUUCUACUCCAAGCUCCUGUGCAUAGCUUUUAGCUUUCUCCUUUAGUAUUGUCCCAUCGAUUGGUAUGUUUUUGCUUCGUUGUGAAACAAACCACUUGAACACGACAAGAUCUACUUCUGAGAAUUUACCAUCUCUGAUCUUUCUUUUCUUGCUCGAAGAUUUUUCGAGAGCAGAAAAAAGUUUUUCCUUAUUGGCUAGCCAAGUUGAUAUCGUGUUUUUAGGCACCCCGUACUUUUUAGCGAUAUCUUUAUUUGGAAUACCUUUUUCCAAUUCUUUUAAUGCUUGGCAUUUUUCUGCCAAAGUUUUUACAACGAGCUUUCUUUUCGGUGGCAUUCUGACAAAGGAAAUCACAAAAAAAACAUUGCAAAAUCUACCUGUUUUACAAUGGAAUGUC